AUGUUACGCAAAGUUUUAUUAGCGACAGAUGUUACGCUAGCAUGUGUUCAACAUGCACAUUCAACUGAAAAAGAAGAAAUCAUGGGACUUUUAAUAGGAGAGGUUCAUAAUAAUAGCUCCUUAGUGUCAAUAGUAUCAUCUGUUAUAUUACGUCGCCUGGAUAAAAAACCAGAUCGUGUGGAAAUUUCUGAAGAACAGUUGGUACAAGCAACUCUUAGAGCUGAAGAACUAGCAGCUGAAGUUGGUAGACCACUACGUGUAGUAGGGUGGUACCAUUCACAUCCCCAUAUUACUGUAUGGCCAUCACAUGUUGAUCUGGCCACUCAAUCAAUGUACCAGCGAAUGGAUUCCAGCUUUGUUGGCAUUAUAUUUGCAGUGUUUCUAACUGACCAAUCUUUCAAAGCACCUUCGGUGCAAAUCACAUGUUUUCAAUCAAUUAAUGAAGGUUCAAGUCAGAGUAGAAGGGAGAUAGAAAUAGAAAUAACAAAUAAUAAUGAUUCUUUGACUGUAAAUAACUUUGAGAUAUUGACACAGCUACCUGCAAUAUUAAAGGAAGAAGAAGAUGAGUCUUGCAAUAAUGAGGCUGGUUAG